GAUAUAUCAAAAGUUUGGUCCAAAUCAUCCUUGAUGGUACAACUAACCUACUUCCACCUGCAUCCAGCUCCGAAAUUAAAUGAGGUUCAACUAUAAACGAAUUGAACAUGACCUCUCCUCUCGUUUUCUCCCUCUAGCUUUCUCAGUGAUUUGUACAAAAACCCAGAAAACCAGUUUAUGAUUAAGCUUCAGUGAAGAAGAAGAAGAAGAAGAAGAAGAAGCUAGAAGAAAGAAAGAUGGAAGAGCAUGGAGUUACAAGCCUUGUAGUUCUGGGAGUUAUUUCAUGGACAACAGCAUUUUUAUUCAUCAGAAAAAUGCUUCCAAAGAGAUCAUUUGUAUUCUGCAAUCGCCUUGUUUCGACAAUUCAUGCAACCAUUGCUGUAACCCUAGCUUCGCUCUCCGUCGAAGACUGGAGGUGCCCAGUUUGUCCUCUGGCUGCUCAAUCUUCUCCUCAGCAGAUGAAAGCACUAGCAGUGAGUCUUUCUUAUCUCAUCUAUGAUCUCAUAUGUUGCCUCUUUGACAAGCAAUUCAGUCUUGACAAUGUCUUCCACCAUCUGGUGAGCAUUGUUGGAAUUGGAGCAGGCCUUUCAUAUCAAAAGUGUGGGACAGAGAUGGUAGCAGCACUGUGGAUAACAGAGGUCUCUAGCCCUUUCCUCCACUUGAGGGAGAUUCUCAAAGAGCUUGGUUACAGGGACACCGACCUAAACUUAGCAGCAGAUAUUUCAUUUGCAGCUAUAUUCUCGGUUGCAAGGAUGGGAGGCGGACCUUAUCUUACAUACGUAACACUAUCUGCUCACAAUCCUUUCCUCAUUAAGGGAAUGGCAGUUGGUCUGCAGCUGGUCAGUACUUUCUGGUUCUACAAGAUUGCGAGAAUGGUGAUAUACAAAUUGACCAAGAGGACUAGUACUGCAAAGGAGGCUGAUAUCAACCAUAAAAGUGAAAAUUGAAUACGGUUGAGACAGAUUUUUACAUUUGCAAAACUGCAUGUAUACCAUUGAUGAAUAAACAUUUUGCAACUCAAUGACCAGACUUGAUUUUCCUGGUAUCCAUAUCACUCUCUAUCUACCUUAUCUUGCUACAUAUGAUACAAUGACUUACAAAAGUAUGAGCUGCAUUCUCGUUGGAGUGGAGCAAACAUUUUUAACUACUAUUGUGCUCCUCCUGCAAAUUAAGAAUUGGCGUGGCUCUUUGCUUUCUGCAAUACCUCCCUUAAAACGAAAGCAAUCCUUUGCACCAUGUGUGGUUCCAAAAAUCUUUCCUUCACUCUCUCAUAUCCCUUCUUGCCCAUCGUCAAUCUCCUCUCUACAUGUGUGGCCAAUUUUACGAUGUUAGUCGUCAGGGAUGACACACCUUCUUUACCAACAGGAUGCAGCAGUCCUGUUGUGCCAUUCACAACGAUCUCCAUGGUUCCACCAGCUGCUGUCCCCUGGAGUGAUUCAC